UACAGCUUACAAAUAUCAAUAGAAAUGACAAGGAUGUUGUAUGUUUGUAAUAUCGACGCAGUUGAGAUAGUUUAAAAUAUUUGUCCGUUUUUGCUAAGACAAAUGUCAAAAUGAUUAGUCCGGUAUUCAGAAUACAGAGUUUCAAGUUUCUUUGAAAAUAGAAGAAAAAAAUUGGGAUCCUGAAAAAAUGUCCGGUUUGCUGACAAUUUUUGUUUAGUGCGGGCCUUGGUUUGCGCUUUUUAUUGUACGACUUUCACACGGAGUAAAUGCGUGGUAAAACGUUAUAUCAACCAAAGUUUUUGGGUAAAAAGAACCAACAUGUUUGGAUUACGUUUUCCGGUUGAGAAAAAAGCUUUCCUGGUAAUUACGGUCAUCUCUGUUAUCACGCUUAUGCUGAUUGUCGAUGUAUCAGAACGUCAUCUUACAAUUAUAGGAAAGCAAUGUGAACGCCAUGAAAACAAUUCUAAUCAACUCUGUGGAAAUUGUGUCUGGAGCAGACAUUUUAAAACACGGACAGUAUUAUAUGAUGGUGGUCGAGAGCUACAAAUAGAAAAUCUUGCAAAUAUUACAGUGCUCAGUGAAAAUCAAUGCAAAUAUAAAAAAUUUCUUGUAUAUAAAUGUGACUCUUCUAUGUUGUGUGGCGGUUUGGCGGAUCGACAGAAAGGCAUAAUUUCAACAUUUCUUUUGGCUCUUUUAACAAACCGUAAGUUCAUUAUUGACAUGACAAGCCCCUGUGCGUUGGAAGAGUUUUUAGUGCCAAACGUUUACAAUUGGAAUGUGUGCAAAACAUUUUUAAAAACUAUACCAAACGAAGAGAUAAGCAAACUCAAUUAUGUUCAAAACUACAAAUUCCUUAAUGGAGUAAAUAAGUUUGACUUUGAUAGCAAUUGGACUAAAGAUGCAAUUAUUUUAAGAUUGAACGGAUAUGCAAUUAAUGAAAUAAGACAACAUAUAGACGCAAAGACAAGAUUGGAAUGGCUCCUGAAUUUAACUAACGAGGUAGUUAUACAUAUAGUACUUAAUACAUUAUUUAAACCAGGUAAAAGAUUGUUAAAUGAUGCCAUUAAUCUUUAUGAUAAUCAUAUUAAAGGAAGAUCUUUAGUCUGCUCACAUAUCAGGAAAGGUAAAAACCCUACAAUUCCUACAGAUAAUAUACUUCGUUUUGGACCACCAAAUGAAACCGUGGUAUUUGACUUUUUAAAAACACUUGACAAGAAAGAAACCAAUGCUAUUUAUAUUGCCGCUGAUUCAGAAGAAGUGAAAAAAAGUGCUAAAAGCAACCUCGCGGCAUACAUAAACAUCAAACGGACAAUCGUUCAUAUAGACAGACUAGGGGAAUUUAAAAAACUAAAGACGGAAGCAUGUGAUGGAUUUUAUACAGCAAUUUUUGAGCAGUUUAUUCUCUCAUUAUGUGAUAAGAUGGUCUUGACACGGAGUGGCUUUGGCACAAUAGCGGCUUAUAUGAGAGGAGUGUCUGAAGGUUUGUUCCUGUAUCAUCCAAAACUGAAACAGAUUGUUGAGACUAACCUAACAAACAUACAAACGGUUUUUAAAUUUCUUUGAUGUCAUCUCGUUAUCUUUCAACUGAUAUUCUUUCUAAGUCAUGUUAAAUGGAAAACUUUUUAGGGCGGUAGGAAAGCUGUUAAAACAGUGUUGUGCCAGCUGAAAAAGCAUUCCAUUUCUAUUGAUAAAUAAUACGAUAUCAAAAAGCCCUGUAAAAAAUACAUGAAUGUUUUUAAUUAGAUGAUAUAACUAACGAUUUGUUGUCAUGAAAGCAAAAAAUGUAAUGUGUACAUUGUAAUUAACAUACAUAUAUAGCUGCAUGAUAGUACGAACACGCUAAAGGUUUGCGUACAAUGUUCAUGUAAUUUAUUUCAUGCGUUAUAAAAUGUGACUUAUGGACUUUCAGCUAGUAUAUAUCAUUAUUUGAUCCAAGAAAGAAUCAAUUUAAAUAUAUGUUUUACUUCAGUCUGCAUUGUUUUUAUAUUCUGAAUCAUAUUGUUUCAUAUUGUACCGGAAGUAACAUGACCUUUGGUGUAAAACUAAAACGCUGUACAUUUUGCUUGUUUUCUUUUAUUAAAUCUGUUUUCUGAUGUCAAAAUAUAGGGGUCAUUAUAUAUCAUUUAAGUACAUCACGUUUCUGAUUCUAUUGCACUCGUACAUAGAUUUGACAAAGCGCUAAAGCUUUUGCAGGUGUAUAUGCGUCAAGUAGAUAAAAGAAUUCACAUAACUUGCAAAGCAAUAUAGAAUUUUGAUAAACGAGUUCAAGAAAUUGUUUGAAAGCAAGCUUUUUGACAGCCGAUGUUUUAACUGGCAUGUAGUAUAAAGAAAGGGUUAUAGGAAAUGGAAAAUAAGAUAAGAUUCAGUAUUAUACUAAACAUCCUCAUAAAACAUGGUAAACACUCGUUUUAUUUGUAAACAAUACAUUAUUUUAUGCAAUAAUCAAAUGAGCCGCGUCUAGACAAAACCAACAUAAUGCGUUUGCGACCAGCAUGGCUACAGGCCAGCCUGCGCAUCCGCACAGUCUGAUCAGGAUCCAUGUUGUUCGUUAUCAGUUUCUUUACUUGCUAUAGGGUCUGUAAGCGAACAGAAUGGAUCCUGAUCAGACUGCGUGGAUACGCAGGCUGGUCUGGAUCCAUGCUGAUCGCAAACCCAUUAUGUUGGUUUUGUCGUGACGCGACCCAAAAGAUGUUCGUAAUACUUUCUCUGACAUUUCACCACGAAAGUUUUACAAAAAAUGUUGCGUUCUUUGAACGCCGUCCUUUCUUGUUGAUCUUGUUUUUCAUUUUUUUUUAUAAAUCUUUUUUAACAUGGCCUCUUUGGUUGUGGAUUUAGCUGUAUACUCAUGUAUCAAAAGUUAUUUCCAUCUAACAAAUAUUAAU